AGUGCCACUGGGGUGGAACCCUGUCAAUACAGGAACAAUUAAACUGGGAGUUAGCUCUGCCAGCAUUACCUUCACCAUUACUCUUGUCAGCUCCCUGGGACACGGCAGCAAAGAGCAUUCAGCGCAUAACACUGGAAGCAGAGAAGAAACUCCAAAGGAAUUCCUUUAGAGAACAAAAAUCAAAUAGGUGAACCUGUCGAAGAGUUUAUCUUCAUUGAAGAAGUGAUAGCGAGUUCAAACCUUUGAAAAUGUCAAUAUUUCGCAAACUAGCAGACUCUUUCUCAGAUGCAAAAACCACUCGAGCAGAUGAAGACAGGGAUCAGGUCAUUCGGGAAGCAAAGAAGAGGACUCGCUUAUUAAAUGAUGGCGACUGGAUUAAAAGUAAACCAGAGGAAUCUCAACAUAUGGCAGCUGAUGUUAACUAUGGCAAAUCUGCAUUAAACCAAGUUAAACCUGACGAAAGCCUGAACAGGGAUCCGAGUAAGACUAGCAACCUGAGAUCAACAACAAAAUCCGACACUAUAGAUGGACGAAAACGGGAUACGAGCAGUACUACUGAUCUCAGCAAGACACAGCGGGCUUCAACUUUGGACAGACCUACAAGGUAUAGAACUGUUCUUUGUGUUAGCAGCUCAGAGCCAGCUCAUGGACAUCAUGAGAAUGUUGUGCUUAGCCGACACAGAUCUGAAGAAAUCCUGAACAGAAACACAGGCAGCACUGACAUCAGCCCUACAAGCAAGUAUUCAAGUUUGGAGAGAAACACCAGGACCUCUUCAUACAAAAUAGAUGACUUGCCGAAGAUGACCAUAAUUUCAUCAGAAACAAAACUCGAGAGUCCGACCAGCAAGGGCAUACAGAACAGGCCCAGUCCUGAUGGUCAAGUAACAAGACAGGAAAAAUCACCUGCAAAGACAAUUUUGAAAUGGGGUAGCCAGAAAGAUGUAACUUCAGGAAAUAGCUAUGUGCCAAAGACUUCAACACCGGAACGAAAUACUACAAAAACAUCAACGAAGGCUGAACCGGAAAGUCUGAUUGAUUUGACACCUACUACUGAGAGUACAAGCAAGGGAUCCGAUCUUAUAUCUAAGGCUGGAAGCAAAAGUCUAAUUGAUCUUUCAUUCACUCCAGAGAAAACAAGUACAGGAAGUCCAGUUGCCACUACAACUACUCCAGUUAGAACUUCAAGUCUGAUUGAGCUGUCACCAUCCACUCCAGCCAAAUCUAAGAGGAACAGUGGUGAGUGGGACAAUACCAGCUAUUCCUCAACGACCAGCACAAAAACAACCUUUGACCCGACCUCAAGGAAGUCAAGGAACGCUGGAGACAGGGAUGAAUCCAACUCGUACACCGUUACAAGCACACAAUCAACCCUUAACCCAAGAAACUCCAGUGGAGACUGGGAUGAACUCAAUUCCUACACCACGACAAGUACUAAAACAACCUUUAACCCAAGAAACUUGAGCAACAGUGAGGACUGGGGCAAUGCUAACUCUUACACCACAACAAGCACAAAAACAAUCUUUGAUCCAAACUCAAGAGCCUCCAGGAGGAGUGGAGACUGGGAGAAUACGAGCUCUACUAUCACUACAAUCACAAAAACGUCUCCUGAUCCCAUUUUGAAAAGCUCCAGUUCCACGAGCGAACAGGCUCUUCCUGAAGAUGAUUCUUCAGCCUACAAGUCACCCAUCUCUUAUACCAAAACAAGAAGGACCUCCAGCUCCAGUUCACUCAAUGAUAAAAGCCCAGUUGGAGAACCGGAACGGAAUAAUUCUCAAUCAUCCUACAAGGAAAACAGCUCACCAACUCAGCAAAUUUCUGAUGAUGAUGCACCACCAUCCUACCGACCACCAAGUUAUACUCCACAAAAGAACAGUUACUCCAGCUCAUCUCUUUCAGAUGGCAAGAUUCCUGCAAAAGUGAUAAGUUUAACUACUGCCUUCACCAGUGCUCAACAGAGAUCCACGGAUAAAAACCUGUGCAGCCAAUGCUACAAACCCAUCAACCAGGGUGCAAAAAUGAUCUUGGAGGAACUGAACAUUAAUUGCCAUGCAGCAUGCUUUAAGUGCCAAAUUUGCAACUCAUCUCUUGAAAACCUGAGUGCUGGAGACAACUUCUGGGUUCACCAUCGUACCGUCCACUGUGAACCCUGCUACGAUAAAUUAAAGAUGCAACGGUCGUACUAAAUUGACUCUCAGACAAGAGUAUCAACCGAACAACGACAACUCUACAGUUUGAAAUUUAUUGGGGUUAGGAGGAUAUAUUUACACUGCUUUAUGAAUUUCAGAAAAAUCUCUUAUACAAAUUGUAAUUGUUUUUUCUAAUUAUAAUUUCUGGAUUUUAUUUCAAAAUAAGGAAUAUAUUUCCUAAAUACUCCUUAUAUAUUAUGUUCUGGAGGCAAAUUGCUACAAAGAACCUGCAUCAUGUGAAAGUGAAGUCACUGCUUAAAGAACAGCCAUGAAAUAAUUUCUCUAUUUGAUCACUGUAAAUUUAAAUAGGCACAAGAAAAUCCAAUGUGGUUUCUUUCGCAAAACAAUGUUCACCAGCCUAUGUCAUUGCAAAUGGAUAACUAUUCUGUGUUUUUUUUUUAAGCAUUAUGCUCUACCUGUAUCUAGAGAGUAGCAUGCGUUCCCCAAAUGAUAAAAGAUCUACAGGUUAGAUGACAAAGUAAAAUGACAUGUAUUAAAGGAACUGAAAUCUUCCAUGUGUUAUGUGUAAUGCAAAAAUAAAUUCAGUUUUCCAAGGCAAUAUUACAUGAUUUGAAAAUAAAACGGAUCCAAUGUAUUAAAUGCAUAUUAGUGGAGGGUUCAAGCCUACUCAGUUCUUGAAGUAACAACUCGUAACUAGUGUGCUACAGAAAUGGUUUGUUUAGCACCACAGUUUAUUUGGCAAUAUGAUUUUUUUUAAUUUCAAAAAUUUGCGGUAAAUAUGGUAUUGCUCCACAGUAACAAUGGGACAUUGAUGAUUGUGUCAAGCACUACCCCAAUUAAUAUGACAACACAGCAUCUUUAAGAAGCUGGCACUGUUAUGAGUAAAAUUUUAUACUGUUUCUGAAUUUUAACUAUUAGCUUUCAGGUAAACUGAAGAUUUAUGAAAUUCUUCUUAAGUAUAAUUUGAAAAAAAAGAGUUCUUUAACAGCAGGCAGCAGGAAUUCAAAAGGAACAUCUCUUUUAUAUACAAUUUCUUUACUAAAUUGUGGCUUUAGGGAGGUUUAUAUUUCUAUGUGGUAAAGAAAAUCUAUAAAUGAAAUAAGCAUUUUAUUUCGAUUAUUAUGGAUAUCUAUGUGACAAACAAUCCGGGCCAGAUUUUCCUCUUGCAGUAAUAGUUUUACAGCUGAUUGUACUGACAGAAAACCUUUUUCUUCACAUCACUGACAAGAUCGUUCAAAAGUGCUCACAAAAAAUGCCUACCCAAUGAAGUUGUGGUGACGUUUUCAUCACGUAACUGAUAGGGAUGAUUCUGAUUUCAGAGAGGAGUAAUCAGGACCAGGUGGCGGCCUUGAAAGUGAUUUGAGCUAAAAUCACCUUCUGUUUUUCCUUGUUCCUGCUCAUGGUAGCAACAAGCAAAAUAAGAAAAUAUUCAUGGCUCUGCUAUUUGUAACACCACACCUGAAUGCUGCAUGCAAGAAAAUCUGGCCCACCAUUUUUAACAUUUUUAAAGAUAGUUUAGAUUUCAAUGUACAAAAAUAUGGUUUAGAUUAGUUGGGAUUUUAAAAGAAAGUGGAAUCGAUAGAUCCAUGAGAAUCAUAUGUUCAGAAUUCUUGAAUAUCACAUAUAUAUUACAUCAUCUGUAGAAGUGCAAACUUUUAUAUUCACUGGAGAGUUAACCUGAGAUGCUCAAUUGUCAUUUAUUACUUUAUCGAACUGUUAGUUUCACAAUUGCAUCACAAGAAAUAUGCAGUGAAAUUGAAGACCAUAGCUUUUAUAAAAUCUUUGAUAGCUCAACCUGCCUUAAAUUCUCAGCACCUCAUACAACUGACAGUGAAUUUAGAUCUUAAAAAAUCCCGUGCUGAGAAUAAAUGCAUUAGCAGGGAUAAUAUUCUGAUGAAUCUAACUAUCACUUUGUCGGAAGCAAGCAACAAGAGCUCCCAUAUGAAAUGAUAUUUUGCAUGUGAGGAAUAUGUUAAGUAAAAUGUGUUAUGUAUUAAUGCAUGAAUAUUUAGCAAGAGAAUAUGUUGGUACAGAGCUAUUUUAUUAAUGAACUGUAAUGUUGUGUUAAUAAAAAAAGAAGGAAUUGA